AGAGUGCAGCACUCUGUGCAGCAUUGGAAGAGUUAAACGUAAGGCCCUAACUGCUGCGCGGACUGAUGACGUUUUACUCCGCAAUCCUGUCGCGCGCUGGUGACGUUUACUUUGACCGGUGCGCGCUGAUGACGUUCGAACCCGGCUGCUGGUGACAUUGACAGGAUGAGCGGUUUGUCCAGAGUAUUCCUGCGCCUCCUACGGGCCCCUGGGGGCCACACGUGGGUUCGUGCUGUACCCCGGAGCCAUGAGGGUCCCGGAUUCCGGCGCCAGAUCCACUUAGACCCCCGGAAUAUGGCCUACGCCAAGCAGCUUUUCCUGGGGUCCAUCAACAAGGAGGAGGUUUUUCCCUACCCGGAGGUGACCAAGGACGAGUUAGAGGAAAUUAACCAGUUUGUGGCCCCCGUGGAGAAGUUCUUUAAUGAAGAAGUUGAUUCCAAAAAGAUCGAUGAAAAUGCAAAAAUCCCCCCGGAAACUCUGGAAGGAUUGAAGAAUCUCGGCCUGUUUGGCAUUCAGAUCCCGGAGGAGUACGGUGGCCUGGGAUUAUCGAACACCAUGUACGCGCGUUUAGGAGAAAUCACCUCCCUGGACGGCUCCAUCGCGGUCACCCUGGCAGCUCAUCAGGCCAUCGGACUGAAGGGGAUUCUUAUUGCAGGAAAUGAACAGCAGAAAGCGAAAUAUCUCCCCAAACUGGCGUCCGGUGAACACAUUGCGGCGUUCUGCUUGACGGAGCCCGGAAGCGGGAGUGAUGCUGCUUCGAUCCAGAGCAGUGCGACGGCGACUCCCGACGGAAAACACUUCAUUCUAAACGGAUCUAAGAUCUGGAUAUCAAACGGCGGGUUAGCGGACAUCUUCACGGUCUUUGCGAGAACAGAGGUUGUGGAUAAAGAUGGCGUCACAAAAGAUAAAAUAACCGCCUUCAUAGUAGAACGAGCGUUUGGGGGCGUCACGCACGGAAAACCGGAAGACAAAUUAGGGAUUCGCGGAUCCAACACGUGUGAGCUUCACUUUGAAAACACAAAGAUUCCGGUAGAGAACGUCAUCGGAGAGGUUGGGGGCGGCUUUAAGGUGGCCAUGAACAUUCUGAACAGCGGGAGAUUCAGCAUGGGGAGCGCCUCGGCCGGCAUCAUCAAAAAACUCAUCGCGAUGACGGCGGAGUACGCAUCCACGAGAAAGCAGUUCAAUAAGAAGCUCAGCGACUUUGAAUUAAUUCAGGAGAAGUUUGCCCUCAUGGCUCAGAAGGCUUUUGUGAUGGAGAGUAUGGCUUAUCUGACGGCCGGCAUGAUGGACCGACCCGGACUCCCCGACUGCUCGGUAGAAGCUGCGAUGGUUAAAGUCUUCAGCUCGGAGGGCGCGUGGCUGUGUGUGAGCGAAGCUCUGCAGAUCCUGGGGGGUCUCGGAUACAUGAAGGAUUAUCCGUACGAGCGCUACCUCCGCGACAGCCGCAUCCUGCUCAUUUUCGAGGGAACGAACGAAAUCCUGCGAAUGUACGUCGCACUUACGGGGAUGCAGCACGCGGGCAAAAUACUGACGGGGAAGAUAAAGGAGAUGAAGAAGGGUAACGUCGGGGUUGUGAUGGAAAUGCUUUCCAAGAAGUUCCGAGACAGCAUCGGGAGAAGCAUCAAUUUGGGAUUAACCGGAAAAGAUGGCGUCGUCCACCCGAGUCUGGAGGAAAGCGCCAAGAAGCUGGAGGAGAACACCCAUUUCUUCGGUAACGCCGUAGAGAGCUUGUUGUACAGAUUCGGGAAGACCAUUGUGGACGAACAGCUGGCUUUGAAGAGGGUGGCCGACGUCCUCAUUAACCUCUACGCCAUGACGGCGGUGAUCUCCAGAGCCAGCCGCUCCAUCAGCAUCGGGCUUCGCAAUCACGACCACGAAGUUCUCCUCGCGAACACGUUCUGCCAGGAAGCGUAUUUUAGGAAUAAUUACCUUCUGACUCAGCUGGGAAAACAUUCUCCCGAAAACCUGGAUGACAAUAUUCGGAAAAUAGCAAAACACGUACUUGAGAACGGGGCUUAUACCUGCGCGCACCCGCUGGACCGGACCUUCUGAGACCCGUGCAGCGAACGUGGCCCCAGAAUGUAUUCCCUCCGCCAUAUUGUACAAUCUUUACUAACCUUGCCAGCCGUGAUGCCGCCGUCCGUAAAGCUGCGUGUUGAAUGUUCUGCUCGCGUGUCCUCAGGUUCCGGGACAGGGCCGCUGACGUUAUAAAAGCCCCCCGUGGUAUUUAUUGUCCCAGCGAGCGCGGAGCGGGAAGUAACGGCUCUUUCUGCUUAGUUUUUGUUCAUUGAUUCAGUUUAAUUUUCACUUUAAUCGAUAAAUGACAACAAACGAUCCUGGCGCGCAGAUUCUAUUUCGGACGCGGGUGAUGGAGAACAAACGCGAAGCUUCUGGUGCGGGUUUCCCAGGCUGCGCAUGCGCCGUGUUAAGCUUCAGCAGCGACGUGUUUCUUCCUUUACAUCGUGGAGCGGCCGUUCGCGUGCAAGCUGUACAAAGACACGAGGAAGCGCUGAAAUGUUAGGGGGAAUAUGCCGGGGUAAGUAAUCGCCUCGGCUGUGGGGUCGUUGGGUUUUGUUUUAUCUCCGCUAUUAAUGUGAGGGCAGUAAUUAACGGCAUGGAUUUAUUCUGUGUGAUGCUGGAAUAAUAAGACUUUAUGAUCCCACCUCCAGCGAUGCAUUUAGAAAGGACCCAUCGAGUCCUCUUGGGUAUUGGUCCUGUGGCAACGUACCCCUCGCUGGGGCAGGAGCCAUUCAGGGUCCCCAUGUGUGCCUUAGCUGGUGUGUCACUGUAGGGAAGGGCAAAGAGCGUAACGGGGACGUCUCUUUAAUACAGGAGACCACCUUCCGGCUGCUCAAAACCAAAUGACUGUAAAUAAACGUUUUUGUGUUCACAGCU